AUGAUUGCCUCUGAGUCACUACUCCAUGACACUGUGGAUUUGUCAAAAUUAGAUUUGUUGGUUUGUCAUCCCAAUGGUACAUCAGCUAAGAUUGAAAAAAUUGGUAAUAUGAAUUUAUCUAAUUCUUCAACACUGUUUGAUGUGUUUGCUGUUCCUGAUUUCAAUGUUAAUUUGCUUUCUGUUCAUAAGGUCUAUAAAGAUAGUAAUUGUGAGGUUGUUUUUAAUGAGCAUAAUUGCAAAAUUCAGGAUUUACAGUCAAAGGUGAUGGUGGGGAAUGGUAGAGAGUCUGGAGGUCUCUAUUACAUUAAUAGUGCACCUUUAGGUAGUCUGUCUAAUUCUUCUAUUUCUUCUUUUGUUUGUUGUGUGUCUAAACUAACUUGGCACAAUAGACUUGGUCAUCCUUCUGAUCAAGUUUUGAGUUCUUUGAGACAUAGGCUUAAGAUUGGAAGUGAAGUUCUUCCACCUUGUGACAUUUGUCAUAAGGCUAAACAAACUAGAGAAUCUUUUCCUGUUAGUCAACAUACUACUUCUAAACUUGGUGAGUUAAUUCAUUUAGAUGUUUGGGGUCCUUAUAAAGUGACAACUACAGAAGGAUUUAGAACACCUACUUCAAUCUUAAAUGGUUCUUCUCCCUAUGAACUUGUUUAUAAUUCUGCACCUGUUUUUGAUAAACUUAGGGGUUACAAAGUUCUUAGUCUUGAUUCUAAUCUUAUUUUUGUUUCCAGGGAUGUAAAGUUUUAUGAGUCAGUGUUUCCUUUCAAGCUUAAAACUUCAUCUUUAACUGAUAGUUCAGUUGUCACUGUAAAUUCAAAUGACCUAUUUUCCUAUGAUGAGUCUUUAGAUUCUAGUUUUAUUCUAGAUAAUACUAGAGCAGAUAACCUGAGGAGUAGCCAACAGAUGGAUGGUGAUAAUGCAGACCAGGACCAGGAUGAGACUUGUCCCUCUAAUGUCAGCAACCGGACUGGUGAGGCAUAUGUGCCUCCCUCUGAUGUGUUGUUUCCAAGAUCUUCUGCAUUGACUGAGGAAAAUGAUUCAAUUAAUUCUAAUCCUUCUGAAAGUUUGUCAACUAGGAUCACUAGAUCUGGAAGGAAUGUUCACAUGCCAGUUAGAUUUAGUGAUUAUGUUGUAGAGGGUACACAUAAAUAUGGUAUUGAAAGAACUGUAAAUUAUUCAGGUCUUAAUACUGAGUCUUUCUGUUUUAUUUCUAAUCUUAAUAAAACAGUUGAACCUAAGACUUAUAGUGAAGCAGCUUUAGAUCCAAAUUAG